AUGGCAGACGUCGCCGUGGAGAGCCCGGCCAACAUCGUCACGCCUCUUUCCAAGCACAACGCUCUGGACGCCAUCACCAAUCUUGACUCUGUGGAAGGAACUGGUGCUGAUGACAAUGAUGAAUAUGCUACCCUCAAGCGGUUACAGAGACACCUAGAAUAUAUCCAGCUGCAGGAAGAAUACAUCAAGGAUGAGCAAAGGAGCUUGAAGAGAGAGCUGGUUCGGGCACAAGAGGAGAUCAAGCGGAUACAGAGUGUGCCACUCGUUAUUGGGCAGUUCAUGGAGGCCAUCGAUCAGAAUACUGGUAUCGUACAAAGCUCGACCGGAUCGAAUUACGUUGUCCGUGUCUUGUCGACACUCGAUCGCGAGAAGCUGAAGCCAUCAUCCUCCGUUGCCCUUCACAGACACUCUAAUGCCCUGGUCGACAUUCUUCCCCCAGAGGCUGACUCCUCCAUUGCCAUGCUGGCCGACAAUGAGAAGCCAGAUGUGACCUAUGCUGAUGUCGGUGGAUUGGACAUGCAGAAGCAGGAGAUUCGGGAAGCGGUUGAGCUGCCAUUGACGCAUUUUGACCUCUACAGACAGAUCGGUAUUGACCCUCCCCGUGGCGUCUUGCUCUACGGUCCCCCUGGAACCGGUAAGACCAUGUUGGUCAAGGCCGUGGCCAACAGCACAACCGCCAGCUUCAUCCGCGUGAACGGCUCAGAGUUUGUGCAAAAGUACUUGGGUGAAGGUCCUCGCAUGGUUCGUGACGUGUUCCGGAUGGCACGCGAGAACUCUCCUGCGAUCAUUUUCAUUGACGAGAUUGACGCAAUCGCCACCAAGCGUUUCGACGCCCAGACCGGUGCUGACCGCGAAGUCCAGCGUAUUCUGCUGGAGCUGCUGAAUCAGAUGGAUGGUUUCGAGCAGACUAGCAACGUCAAGGUCAUCAUGGCCACUAACCGUGCAGACACUUUGGAUCCAGCUCUGCUGCGUCCUGGUCGUCUGGAUCGUAAGAUUGAGUUCCCUAAUCUGAAGGAUCGACGCGAGCGCCGUCUGAUCUUCAGUACUAUUGCAUCGAAGAUGUCGCUGUCCCCUGAAGUGGACCUUGAUUCUUUGAUUGUGCGCAACGACCCGUUGUCGGGUGCGGUAAUUGCUGCGAUCAUGCAAGAGGCGGGUCUGCGAGCCGUCCGUAAGAACCGAUAUAACAUCAUCCAGUCCGACCUCGAGGAUGCCUAUGCUGCUCAGGUGAAGAGUGGCCACGAGGAUGACAGACUCGACUUCUACAGGUAA